UACUUGUUCCUCAAAAGGAAGGUAUACGCCCACUAAACGAUAUGCACACGCCCAAAGCUUCAAUUUGAGAAAGUGAAAUGGUGUAAUUGGUGCUUUCUGAGUGCUGCAGAGGAAGCCUGUCACUCUACAACAUGACUACCGAAGCUCCCCAACCGCAAGGCGAAAGCCUCCAAGUUUUCAAGGGGACCUUUAUUCAUGCCACUCACACUUCCCCAAUGGAAACUCUAGCCCCCCGUAUCCUGGGAGUAAACGGGAUGGGAAAGAUUGUUUUCAUCGAGACUGUUGAUAAAGAGGAAGAGUUAUUCCAAACAUGGCAUUUCCAGAAAAAGAACAUCAGAGAACUUCAACAAAGGGAAGAAUUCUUUAUUCCAGGGCUAGUUGACACACACAUUCAUGCAUCACAAUAUCCCAACAUGGGAACCUGCCUGGAUCUACCACUUCUUGAAUGGUUGGUUCAGUAUACAUUUCCAGUUGAAUCCAAAUUCAAAGACCCAAAGUUUGCAGAGGAUAUCUACACUAAAGUAGUGAAAAGAACUCUGAGAAACGGCACUACCACCGCAUGUUAUUUCGCAACUAUUCACACCGAAUCAACUCUAAAGCUUUGCAGCAUCAUAAGUAAGAAGUUUUCUGUAAUCACUCAUGGGAUUUGUGUGUCACAGGCUGGGCCGACAUUUAGUGCCCAUCCCUAA